UGGGAGGAGCUGAGCGGUCUGGACGAGGAGCGGCAGACGGCGGUUCGGACGUUCGAGGUUUGUUCGGGUCUGCGCCCCCCCGGCCCCCCCCAGAACAGCUGGCUGCGCUCCACUUGGGUCCCACGGCGCGGCGCCACCCACGUCUACGCCGAGCUGCGGUACACCGUGGUGGAGUGCGACAGUCUGAUCGCCCGUUACCGUGGCAACAACAACCGGCCAGCGGCCCUUCGGCGCAUCCGUCCGGAUGGGGGGGGGCGCGGUUUCCAUGGCGACGGGCCCGGAGAUCGGCCGGGGGGUCCCCGCGGCGACGGCGUCGGUGAUGGAUCGAGCGGCGUCCAUGGCAACGGCCCCGCUGAUGGACCGUGGGGUUCCCAUGGCAACGGCCCGAGCAACAGGCGGAGCCGCAGCGUCCGUAGCAACGGCCAUAGCAACGGGUUCAGGAACACGGAUGGCCGUAGCAACGGGUCCGGGAGCGUCAGUGUCCAUAGCGACGGCCCUAGCAACGGACCCAAGGGAUGCUGUGACCAUAGCAACGGGCUCAGGAACACCAAUGUCCAUAGCAACGGCCCUAGCAACGGCUCCAGGAGCAUCCAUGUCCAUAGCAACGGCUCCAGGAACACGGAUGUCCAUAGCAACGGCCUUAGCAACGGCCUCAGGAACACGGAUGCCCAUAGCAACGGCCCUAACAACGGCUCAAGGAGCAUCCAUGUCCAUAGCAACGGGCUCAGGAACACGGAUGCCCUUAGCAACAGCCCUAGCAACAGACCCAAGGGAUGCUAUGACCAUAGCAACGGACCCAGCAGCUCCGAUGCCCUUAGCAACGGCCCUAGCAACGGCUCCAGGAACACGGAUGUCCAUAGCAACGGCCUUAGCAACAGGCGGAGCCGCAGUGUCCAUAGCAACGGCCCUAGCAACGGGCUCAGGAACACGGAUGUCCAUAGCAACGGCCCUAGCAACGGCUCCAGGAGCAUCCAUGUCCAUAGCAACGGCCCUAGCAACAGGCUCAGGAACACGGAUGCCCUUAGCAACGGCCCUAGCAACGGACCCAAGGGAUGCUGCGACCACAACAGCAGCCCCCCCGACAUCCCCCAAAGCCUCCGUUCCCAUAGCAACGGCGCCCAUAGCAACGCCUCCCGCCCCCGCCGCAGCCCCCUCCCCGCCCCCCCCCGGCCCUGCAAAGAAACUUUCAACGUUUUCUAUCACGAAUCGGACGCCGACACGGCGACGGCGUCGGCGCCCCCGUGGAUGGAGAACCCCUACGUCAAGGUGGACACGGUGGCGGCCGAGCAUCUCUCCCGGCCCAGCGGGGCGGGCGGUCGACCCUCGGGAAAAGUGAACAGAAAAAUUUUACGUUUAGGACCUUUGGGCCGCAAAGGUUUUUAUUUAGCCUUCCAGGACCUGGGAGCUUGUAUGGCUCUGCUGUCGGUCCGUCUGUACUUCCAGAGGUGUCCGUCCGUCGUGGCGAGGUUGGCGGAGUUUCCCGCGACCGUCCCGAAGGAAUUGGUGGCGGCUGUGAUGGGGAGAUGCGUGGAGGGGGCCGUGCCGGCGGGGAGCGGGGACCCCCCCACCAUGUACUGCAGAGAGGAUGGGAGAUGGGCUGAGCCCCCCACCCAGGGCUGCCUCUGUGGGGCCGGAUGGGAGCCCCAUGGGGAGGGGUGUCGCGGU